GUGACGAGGCGCGAUGACUGGCUCUGACGACAAAGCAAAUCUGUGAAGCCUGUGGCUAAAUGAGUGUAUAAUUGAAAUACCGCGUUAAACAUGGCGGAGGGCGGAGAAAUUAACGAACAGUCGUCGGUAGAUGGCGACAGGAGCUGUUCACUUGAUUCCCUGGUACUAGAAUGUCCUAUCUGUCUAGAACAGCUGCGACACCCAAAGUCUCUCCCUUGUCUGCAUUCAUUUUGUGAGGAAUGCCUUGGUAGAUACAUCGCCAAAGAGUUAUCUGGUAAGAUGGCUUCGGCGUCUUCCUUUUGCUGUCCUGUAUGUCGUAGGGUCACCGAGCCGGUAAACAAGUCAGAAGGCAAGGAAAGUUGGGCCGAGCAGUUUCCUACUAACAAUCUGGCAGUCGAAAUGAUCAAACAUUUACAAAAUAUUGAGAAAUCGAUAACAUGCAAACCCUGUGAAAAGAAAGGAAACGCCAAUGUUCCAGCGAAGUUCUGGUGUAAGUUGGCCAACACUUACUUCUGCGCAGCCUGUAAAAAUAGCGUACAUGAUUUGUUUCAUGAAGAAUGUGAACCCGAGAACGUUACGGAAUUGAAAAAAUCUGUUAUAAUCCAACGAGAGAUGUCGAUCACUGGGUGUGGAAAACACAAUGAGAAACUCGAGUAUUACUGUGAAGAUCAUCAACUCCUUGGAUGCAGCAAGUGUAUCAUUGUCGAUCACCGGAAGUGUGAAGUAGUGACAUCAGCAGAUGAUUUCCGAGAGAAAUUAAGGAACAGCUCGGAGUUCGGUAAUCUUCUGGAGGAGCUUCUGAAAUUCAAAGACUCCAUGGAGACAUUUAUUAAAGAUGUCGAUGAACAGCUUCUUUCUAUUACACAAUAUCAUGAUAGUGGACUUAAAAGUUUAAGUGACCUACGCAAAAAGGUCAACGAGCGAUUGGAUACGUUACAGGAAGAACUAACAGUCAAACUGAUAACAUACUUCAAGGAAGAGAAGGAAAACUUGGAUAUAUCGAGAAAGAAAUGUGAACGGCUGAUGUUUGCUAUGCAGAAUACGCUCACGUCAUCAAAAGCUGUUGACCUGAUGGAUGAUACCGUGGGGACGAUUUGUCUAUUCCAGAGAGGACAGGCGGAGGUCGAGUCAUGUAAGGUACUGAUACAGGAGUUUCGGAAGUCGUCCAGAUCUACCAGUCUGUUACACGAGUAUGACCCCGACAUACUGGCCGUGGACACCAAGACAAGCCUUAGCAUGGGAAAGAUAGUCGUUCACCAACAAGAAAGGAAACUACCAUCUACUGCGUGUGGUACCCCAUUGUCUGAACGCCAGCUGAAGAGGACAGGAAAGUUCAAUAUUAAAUUACCUUCUGAUAAGAAUGAUUGUUCCUUAUUAAGCAUUGUUUUCAUGUCCGGUGGGCGUAUUGUAGUAGGAGACAACGGAAAUAGAAAGAUGAAAUUAUUUACAGAAACCGGUGAUUUUAGGUGUGAUAUGAAACUGAAAGGAGAAACUCGUGACCUCUGUCAAAUUGAUGACAACUCUGUUGCAGUAAUACUGAAAACCGUUAAAACUAUAUUAGUGGUCAAUGUCGCGGAUUCAACCUUGACCGUAAAGACAAAUAUUAAAAUUCCAAACCUGGAUGAAGAUGAAUUGUGCUAUGGUAUUACAUACAACAAUAAAAACAAUUCCUUCGUUGUCGGUACGAAAAAGUCACUUAUCAGUGUGCCGAGAUUCGGUGGAGAACCGACAAAACUUCACACAAUUGAAUCAAAAUGUUUUCAUAUCGCCAGUGAUAAACAGAAUGGACACGUCUUCGCUAGCAUUGAUGUGUUUACACCAGGCAAAGUGGCCGUGAUCCGGCUGUGUGACGGGACUCCUACAGACACGCUGAAGGUCGGGAUCUUGAAAGAUCCGGCAGGGAUAGACGUCGAUAGGGAAGGUAACGUGUAUGUUUGUGAUUGGGCAUCAGGGAACAUCAUACAGAUGUCCGGGGAAGGAACUAACGUCAGGGAAUUACUGACGUCAUCAGAUCAAAUCGUUCGACCAAGGGCGAUUUCCAUAUGGGAUGAUACAAUUGUAAUCACAAGUGGAUCAUCUUCCCAAAGAAACGUCAUACAUGUUUUCCAGCUUAUUGAACAGGACCGAAACAUAUAGUUUCUGUUUCAUCAAUACAUUUCAAAAAUGUAUUCCAAAACUUGCGGAAGUUCUUAAAUUACAAUAUAAACAGAAUUUAACGAUAUAUUUUAACCAAGGUUUUCCUUUAUUGCUUUCCAGAGGGAAACUUGAAAUAAGAAGUUUCUUCAAUUUUAGGAACGUUGAUGAUACCUGGGCAACAUGUAUAGACGGUUGUAAUUUAGGACCAAAACAUUAUGAAAGAAAUAUGCAAUGGUUAUUGCAAUUGGGUAUUAUUCGAAAACUCGUGUUAAGUUCUUGUAUCACCUUUGGUUUGUAUCCACUGUUUAUUAUUUUGUCUAUCAAUGUAUAGCCCUGGGCUAUUGGGCAAACGGAAAUGAAAUCAUAUCGAAGAUGAACAAAAAAUAUCGAACAACCUAAAUUAAGAAUUUAGCAGAGAGUUGACCGAUAUUUUAACCUUUUGAAUUAUCAGUCUUACAUUUUUAUUUUGAUUGCCUUUUUGAUGAUUGAUUUAAAGACUAAACAUGUUUGCUAUUAUUGUGUAGAUCAGUAUAGCUAUAGCCUAUAGUUAUGGUAUGAUAAAUCGAUCAAUGGAGAUUGUAGGUAGAUGAAUACGUAUUUAUAAAGACAAUGGGAGGUGAUACAGGCCCUUAAACAGUUGUAACAUUCUAAUUAUUCAAGGUUAUGUGCAGAUAAAAUAUCAACACAACAAACAUCAAGCCAGAAUGGAUGCUGAAUGUCCUAGCUUUAUACAUGUAGCUUAAAAAAUCCUGGAUCGAAUCCCGUUAGUUGACUUACGCACGUUUCUUAAUUUAAUCAUCCACGAAUAAAUAUCUUUUGUAGAUACAUAUUCGUCAUAGGAAAACGGGACGCAACUCAAUGUUUGUAAAGACUAUUCUACAAUGGAGAGGAGAUACAGUUGGGAGCGCUACCAGGACACUGUUCAAAGUCAAAGUAGAACAUAAAUUUUACAAGUGCAACGGCACUUGUGGAGUUAUCAAAAUAGCAUUUUGAAAAUUCAGUUUUCAUGAUAUCGAAUUCUACUUACGAGAAAACGAAGUGUAUUUUAGGACACAUCUGAAAAUGCCCCUUUAGUGCGUUUCUCCGUUCAAAACUGCUACAGUUCUCUGUCACUUUUUUGUAUGAAAUUGUUAUGUAAGUGAAUCCUGAGACGUUGCUUUGAUAUGUUUGAUAGCCUCCAUUCUGACAUUGACCCGCUUCACCGGAAGACAGUUUUCUCAGGUCCGGGACUACAUACCUAUAUAAUGAUGGACUAUAUUAGCAAUAGUAUGCCAAUAUAUUUAGACUUGAUAUGUGUCUAAAAGCCAAAUAAAGCUGUGAGUGCUUUGUAUGACCUGAACAUAGGUUAACGGCGAACCUUAGUGUGGGCAUUGCAUGUUUAACUUAACUGUCUAUCUGUAACGUGUUUUAUCUUUCCUUUGUGUUGAAAAGUAUGGGCCUAGUAUGGGCUAAAAAGGGCAGCCCAUUAAUGAUUGAGGCUGUCCAGAGCACAAGGUUUUAAUUUGCUAGUGUUUGCUACAAAGUUACCGUCAUAUUUCGAAAAACUUAUUUUUUUGGCAUUGUUAACAUUGUUCAUAGAAAUAGCUGGCCAAAAUUUUCCCCAAAUUAAUCAUUUUAAAAUUCUAACAUUGCUUUGUUUAGAAGAGGAGGGGAAAUGUCAAUUUUGAAACACUAAAAAAUUACCUUCGUGAUUUAUAGGACAAUUUAAUUCCUUGAUAUUGUAAACACAUCCACCUUUCAACAGAAUGUCAUCGUGUUCCAAAAAAGCCUUAUCAUAUGUUCAUAUAUAGAGGAUAUCUAACAGUAUCUUCAGUAAUACCAAAUAUAUUUCACGAGUGGGGCUAAUAUUUUGAUAUUUUGCAUAGCACUGUUUAUUACAUUUUUAUAGCAAAAUAUACCGGGACAGCUUUAUUGUUCUCCCAUUGACGUUUAUAAGCAGUGCUUUUUGAAUGGUCAAAUCAUAAAAAGUGAUAUUUCUCACUAGUGAAAAAUAUCCCUUUUAUAGAAUAAAUAAUGUUGGAUAUUUCACUGGUAAAAUUGUAAUAAAAAUAUAAUGUAAUUGUACGUUCAAUAACGCAUGGGCAUGUACAGAUAUCAAUAACUAGGCAUAUUUGUGAUGUUUUAAUCAUGCACUGAAUUUGAAUUAAUUGUUUAUUAACUGCCAAAAUGAAAGUUAAUUUCAUAAUGCGCUGGGAUCGAUGGGUGGAGCACUUGUUACCCCAUCGGGGCCCGCUGGGAACGGGUAUUGCUCCCGUUGAACUCGUGUGCUACCCCGUUGAUGUAAACGUCAUCAGCUGGGUAAAGGGAUUAUGUGGGGAGUAGGGAAGGCAGUUGCCAUAGGAUCUUCAUCGGGCAAGGUUGCUUUUACGCUGCUAUCAUCUACUAUACCUAUAGAUUGCUCCAAAACUAUUAUAGCUGUCAUUAUGCCGAUAAGUUAAAGGGAAGCAACUCGUAGGUUAGGAUGGAAAUGGACAGGUUUUUGUUUUAAAAAUGUCGUUGGCUACUUUAUUGUAAAUUCAUAUUGUCAUUCAAUAUAUUCAAGAAAGCAUUUGGUGCGAGUCUGUAUGUUUGUUAAAUUGUUAAUUUGUCAUUGUUACUAUGUGUACUUAUUGUGUUUUCUAAAUAAACGGUAACCGUGAAUGUAUGCGAAAACUUAA